AUGACUCUCCAUCCCAUACCAGAUCCGUCAGCCAUGGAAGUUUCUGGCUCUGAUGGGAAAAGAGAAUUGGCGUAUAAACUGUUUAUCGAAAUUCUAGCGUAUCAAUUGGCAUCGCCGGUGCGAUGGAUCGAGACGCAAAAUGAGCUUCUCAAGAAGCAUCCGUCAAUUCGGCGCUUUAUCGAGAUUGGUCCACGAACCACCCUCGCGACCAUGGCCAAAAAGUCAGCCUCCAAGCAUGCGUUGCGCUCACCAGCGGAAGGGUCCCAACUGGAGUUUCUAUCCUAUCAAGAUCAGCAAGAUGAGAUCUUUUUCCGCUAUCCAGAACCGGAGCCCCAUAGAGUCACAGAGAAAAGCCUUCUAGCGCCUAUAUCCUCCUCUGCAGCACCGGCUGUGAUUCCGGUGGCACAAUCCCACAAGGAACAACCAAAACAGGAGUCUGUUACUUCCAUUGGUUGUAUUCCUAGUGUAGAGGUUUCGCUUUCCGCUAGCCACAUUGUUCUCGCCAUGACAGCGCAAAAGCUUCAGCGGCCCUUUGACCAGGUAUCAACACAGAAAACAAUUCGCGAUCUUUCUGGAGGCAAAUCAACUCUGCAGAACGAAUUAACGGGAGACCUUGUAGCUGAAUUUGGGAAGGUCCCUGAAGGAGUCGAAGACAUGUCUCUAACCGCUCUAGGAGAGGCCUUGCAGGGUGGUUUUGUUGGGAAACCGGGGAAACAAAUGGCUGCGUUGGUUUCUAGACUGGUAUCAGGUAGGAUGCCCGCCGGGUUCAACCAGAAUGCCAUCCAAGACUAUUUGAAAUCACGGUGGGGUCUGAGCAAAGGCCAUUCCAUUGUUCCUAUGUGCUUCGCGACAACAGUCGAACCGCAACUACGAUUGCCCGAUCUAGAAACGGCACAAACAUAUUUGGAUGAGCUAGUCAACCGCUAUGGCACGUUUCAGGGUGUUGAUUUCAUCGCGGCAACUGACCAAAACAACCAGAAUACGAGGCCUCAGUCCAUGGUCAUUGACUCCGCGAGUCUUGAGGCUUUGAACAAGGAUCAGCGAGAUUUCCAGCGCAAACAACUAAAUUUACUUGCGAAACAUCUUGAAAUAAAUAUUGAAAACCAGUCCGCAGAUGCAGAGAUGGAAACGCAAGGGUUGGAAAAAAUGUUGCAGCAAUGGGAUGCGGAGUUAGACGAUCAAUUCUUCCAGGGUAUUCAGCCGCUUUUCGAUGCGAACAAAGCUCGGCAUUAUGAUUCGUGGUGGAACUGGGCUCGAGAAGAGCUUAUAAACUGGCUGAACGUCAUCUCGCAAAACCGUGGGGAUGUCAAUAUCUCCAGCUUGGACCGUCAGCUGCGCAGGACGUUGAAUCGAUGGGAGCCAAGUUGCACGGACAUUACCAGGGCGUUUCUGGACACGAACGACUCCAGUCAAUGGAGGAUCUCCGACACUCGCGCGAAGUUGAGUGAAAUUCUCCGUCUCGGGGCCCAAUCUCAGCUUCUCGAGCCCACUUUCAUUUAUACCGAGCCACCAUUGGGUCCAAAAACUAUCAUUUCAAGCACAGGCCGCUUAGAGUAUCAAGAAACCCGGCGCACCGACGGGAAUUACAUCAAAAUCGUUCAGCAAGGCCGCACGACUUCCAAGGACAGAAGCCCGAUGGUCCCGUUUGUUCACAUAAAAACUCGUCACGAUGAAGAAGAGUGGGGUUACGAUGCAGACGUCACAGAAGCAUAUCAUGAGACCUUGUAUGUAGGAGCCACAACUGGUCUGACAUAUAGUGGCAAGGCGGUUCUCGUCACUGGCGCUGGACCGGACUCGAUCGGGGCUAAAGUAGUACAAGGACUGCUCAUCGGCGGCGCGCGAGUGGUUGUCACUACUAGCCGGACUGUCUCGGAUUGCGCUCCAUUCUACCAAGAAAUGUAUCGCAAAUAUGGAGCAAGGGGCUCAUCGCUGACGCUUCUUCCGAUGAAUCAAGCCAGCAAACAAGAUUGCAAUGCACUGGUGGAAUAUAUAUACGGCGAUGAUUCCCCGACUGGCGGGGACCUGGACUAUGUUGUGCCAUUCGCUGCGAUUCCCCAGACAGGAGAGCUUGACACGUUGAACAGCAAGCACGAGCUGGCAUUCAGGGCCAUGCUAACCAACGUUUUGCGGCUCACUGGGCUCGUGCGGCAAGCUAAAGAGAAACACCGCAUCGACACUCGGCCCACAAUGAUCAUACUCCCGAUGUCCUGCAACGAGGGUACUUUUGGCGGUGACGGGCUGUAUGGCGAAUCCAAACUGGGCCUGAAAACUCUAUUCAACCGAUUUUACUCGGAGAAUUGGUCAAGUUAUGUCACUGUAUGCGGGGCAGUGAUUGGCUGGACCAGAGGCACUGGAUUAAUGCGGACAUCCAACAUGCUCGCCGCAGAGCUAGAGAAGAUUGGUGUUAUCACGUUUACCCAGGCAGAGAUGGCGUUCAACAUCCUUGCGUUGAUGACAUCCAAGGUUGCGGUAUUUGCCGAAGACGCUCCGGUGUAUGCAGAUCUGACGGGCGGAUUUGGGGGAAUGUGGAACGUAAAACAGCAGAUUGUUGCAGCACGUCAAAGACUGUCUGAUGAGCUUGAUUUACGAAACGCGCUUGCAGAAGAGGAUGCCCGUCACCAGGAGGUUCUAUUCGGACCUCAACAACAGAACAACGAGCCUACACCAUUAAGACGAGCAAACCUGAACAUAGGUUUCCCUCGUUUGGGAAAUCAUGAAUCAUUAGCGACUAGCGGUCUUCCCCGACUCGAGGGAAUGAUCGAUUUGUCGCGGACGGUGGUCGUGGUCGGAUUCUCCGAGCUAGGCCCUUGGGGUAAUGCUCGUACUCGAUGGGAGAUGGAACAUCAAGGCCAGUUUUCCCUCGAAGGCUAUCUAGAGAUGGCAUGGAUUAUGGGAUUGAUCAAGCAUGUUGAUGGUGAACUGAAAGGGGAGCCAUACGUGGGCUGGGUAGACACGGCGACCGAGUCACCGGUGAACGACAGCGACGUUCCUCACAAAUACCACGAGCAUAUCAUGAAACAUGUCGGCUUGAGAUUGAUUAGCCCAGAUGAUCGAGACGGUUAUGACCCCUCUCGAAAGGAAUACCUACACGAGGUAGCAGUUGAAGAAGACCUCCCGCCCUUCGAAUGUUCCAAGUCAACGGCCGAGGCAUUCAGGCUGCGUCACGGCAACAACGUGAACUUGCAACCAGUCACAGAAAGCGACAAUUGCCGUGUUUUCGUCAAGAAGGGUACAGUGUUGAUGAUCCCCAAGAGAAUUCCGUUCGAUCAGGUGGUAGCUGGUAGAAUCCCAAUGGGGUGGGACCCACUGCGGUAUGGGAUUCCGGAGGAUAUUGUGCGACAGGUUGACGACACGACAUUGUAUACGCUUUGCUGUGUAUCCGAAGCUUUUCUGGCAGCCGGAAUCCAUGAUCCUUACGAGAUUUACCAGCACAUUCAUGUCUCCGAGGUGGCAAAUUGCCUCGGUACAGGAGGAGGGCCGAUGAAAGCCAUUCGCAGUCUGUAUCGCGACCGAUUCCUUGACCGGUCUGUGAGGGGUGAUAUAAUCUUAGAGCACUUCUUUAAUACUACUGGAGCAUGGGUCAACAUGCUGCUGCUCUCCGCCACAGGGCCGAUAAAGACACCUGUCGGGGCAUGUGCAACUGCCCUUGAGUCCUUGGAUACCGGCUGCGACGCCAUCCAAACCGGCAAAUGCAAGGUGGCAAUUGUGGGAGGCUGCGACGACUACACUGAGGAGCUCGCAUACGAGUUUUCCAAUAUCAAGGCAACUGCGAACGGUACGGAGGAGCUGGCCAAGGGACGUCUACCGAGUGAAAUCUCUCGGCCCACUGCGAGCUCACGUAGCGGGUUCGCGGAGUCGGCGGGCAGUGGCGUGCAGAUUAUUAUGACUGCCCAGCUAGCCUUGGACAUGGGCCUGCCAAUAUAUGGCAUCCUUGCCUACAAUCAGAUGGCGGGUGAUCAGAUUGGUCGCUCCAUUCCCGCGCCCGGAAAGGGUGUUUUGACAGCAGCACGAGAAGCUCAGGACGCAAGAAACUCGCCGCUGCGGGACUUCGGUUUCAGGCGCGCGCAAUUUGACGCAGACGUUGCGAAUCUCCGGCGCUGCCCAUCCCUGAUAUCCCCAAGCAUGUCGCCAGAGCGGGAACAACGGAGACAGCGUCUGGUUUCACUGAAGAUGAAAGAGAUCCAAAAUCGUUGGACGAGCCAAAUUCGCCUCCAUGACCCCUCUAUUGCCCCAAUGAGUGCGGCGCUGGCGAGCUGGGGACUGGCCGUUGACGAUAUCGGAGUUGUCUCCAUGCAUGGGACAUCGACCAAGGCGAACGAAGUAAACGAGGGCGAUGUCAUCAACACGCAGAUGGCCCAUCUUGGGCGUCGCAAAGGAAACCCACUGCUCUGUGUUUGUCAAAAGUCACUUACUGGCCACCCCAAGGCUGCAGCAGGGGCUUGGCAGUUAAAUGGCUGCAUGCAGAUCAUUCGCGACCGAAUCGUGCCUGGCAACCGCAACGCCGACAACGUGGAUGAGCAGCUGAGGAAAUACGAGCAUCUUGUAUAUCCAAUGGAGUCAAUUCACACGACGGACGUCAAUGCAGUCAUGAUCACCUCCUUCGGAUUUGGCCAGAAAGGAGCCAUCAGUAUCAUUGUCGCACCCAAAUAUCUCUUCGCUGCCCUGUCACAUACGGACUAUGAGAAUUACCGCAACCGUGUCAACCAAAGACAGCGGUUGACCAACCCCGAGUUUGUGUCGCGCGUUCUCAAGCAAUCGCUAGUUCAAGUCAAGAGCCAACCACCCUGGAAGGACUCGGAGACCAUGCGGAAGGUGUUUCUGGACCCGAACAGCCGUCUCGUGGGAGACCAGUAUACCUUCAGCGAAGAUCUCAGCCACGCUCACGCAUGCCCGGAGACCGGCGACCUCCCGAAAAUCCCAGCCCAGGAACAUAACCCCACCGAGUCUAGUGCGGUGUCCGGCCUCGUUCAAACUAUGCUUGACGAGGUGAGUCGGCGAUCCAGCACAUCACCCGUUGCCGGUGUGGGUGUCGAUAUCGAAAGCAUCGCCAGCAUCAAGACGGAAAAUUCGACUUUUAUCGAACGCAAUUUCACACCGGCCGAGAGAGACUAUUGUUCGAGAGCCGCGGACCCACAGGCUUCUUUUGCUGGUCGCUGGAGCGCCAAGGAGGCGGUUUUCAAGAGCCUGCAAACUCCAUCCAUGGGCGCAGGAGCCGCCAUGCAAGAGAUUGAGAUUCUUAGCAAUCGCGGGAUUCCUAUGGUGAUGCUUCACGGCCGCGUUCAAGCCAUCGCUGCCACAAAGGGAAUUAGUAAGAUCGACGUCACGAUCAGCCAUUCGGCAGACACAGCCAUCGCCGUUGCACUUGCCACAGGAAUGCAAUGA